AUGCAGAACUCUCCAGGUGCCCACGUUGAUGUCUCGACGUGGUUCCGUUUGUUCGAGCCGUCCACGGCUACUUCGGAUCCGUCGCUCGAUGCUCUCGAAAGGCGCAAUAAGCAGAGCUCCGAAGCUCGUGAGCUCCGCUUCCAAGACCAUGAUGGUAAUGAGGUGAUGGUGCAACACCUCUCGACCCUCGAUAACUCGAUGGCACAUGUCUUCAUCGCCUCCGUUAGCUGUCUGUCGGGCGAUGAUGUGUUUGUUGUCAAGGCAUUCGAUCCUCGCGUCUCCUUUCGACUCCGGGAACAAUGCAGCCUCCCUCUCGACUCCUCUGGUCUCUCAAUCUUCACGCCCGCUAACGCCACUCGCAUGCUGCGGUACAUCUGUAGCGGUCAGUUCGACCAGCUCCGUCACGAGAUCCUACGCCCACUUUCGAGUCUGCCUGAUUGGUGUGCCGGUCUUGCCUCGGAAUUGCCGCGAAAUGAGAACGGACGAGAGUGGCUGGUCGGGAACCUAUAUCAGAAGAUCUUUACAGACAAAGACUGUCUCCGUCGUCUAGUGCAAUCUGGCGUCAUGGAUACACCGACAGAAGAAGAGCGCGAGGCCUUUUCUGGAUCCCAGGCCAUCCUUACCACUGCCUGCAAUACGGUAACCCCUCAGCGGCUCUCUCACCUACGACGUCAUUUUGAGUUCGGCGCCAUCGUCAUGGAGCGCAUCUCGGGCUAUCCGCUCAACAAGGUCCUCGACGUUAGUCGUCUCAAUGAGCACGAGCGUGCGAGGGUGCAGCCCGUGGAUCUCCAGCAGCUCGUACCAAGCACCGUAGACGAGGCGUGUACGCUUCUAAGAAGUGCAAACUACCUCACCCUGUCUCUGCAACUAGCUGGCUUGAAUUACACGGACUAUCGGCCUGACAAUGUCAUGUGCACACGAUCGCCCAGCGAUGGCACGCUUCGACUGAUGUGGGUACAUCUUGGUGCCUUUCAACCACUACAGUCCAAGUGCUUCGAACUGGGGGAGAACUUCUUCCCGUUCACGACCGAGACGUUCCUCGAGCUCUUUCCGGAUGUCGCAGAUGAAGCGCUCGAAGACCACCUUUUUGAGGACCUGUAUUUGCUCACCUCUAGCUGUUGUCUCUCCUACAGCAAGACCUACGCCCACCGCUUACGCCGUCACGCCUACUUUAUCGGCAACUACGAGAAGACCCUAGCGUGGCGUACUAUUAUGGAGAGUAUCUGUUUCCCAAGUCUUGAGACCAUUGAUUCAAUGGACACGGUUGUAUGGCUUGAGGUACUUCGUAAGUCCCGAGACCUAACGCUCCACGGUUCGCGUCCUUCUUCAGGUCUUGGUUCGUGGGUUCGCGUAGUAGUCAAAUUGUACCGGCUACUAGUGGCUCGUAAGCUGGUGCUGGACCAUGACGAAGUCCUUGACGAGCAGAACUGCAUCCUUCACUUUCUGAGGGUUGUCUACAUUGCAGGUGGCUUACCUUCGCUUCGGAAAUUUUUGCCCACAGCAAAUUAUUCGUCCUCCUCAUCUUUGGCGACUAGGUCACGUCCUGACCCCGGCUACCUUCAUCUAUCCCCCAUCAGCCACCCCCAUAUGCGUCAAGCUAGACCAAACUCCAUCGACCUGAUGCGGACCGAAGACUUUACAAGUCGGUAUAACGUCGAAGAUCGGGACUCCGAUUCCGCGGAGAAGAUACGGGCAACGAGGAGAAAGGGAGGAGAAUGCUUGGAUAGCUUUUCGUUGCGCCCUUCGUCGGUACUGGAAUCAGGUACAUCAGACCGUGAAGACAGUAAGCUCAUGCUCACCUUCGACCCCCUUUCCGGUUCCGACACCAGUAUCUCUGAACCACAAUUCCCAUCUUCGUCCUUGUGGAAGUCCGGGCUGAUCUUGGCUAUGACGACGACGUUACCACGCGACAAGUACCGUCGACCACCGAGCUAG